GGGAGCGCAAGCACAUGACCACGCUGUGUUGAUACAAUAAUUGAUUACAUUUUUCUUUGGUUUUUUUUCUCUAUCUUCUACUUUGUCCAUAGUACAAGUGCUUUGAUCUUACUGCCAUCUAUCAAACUUUCGUCUUUUUUUUUUUCUCUCAAGAUUUGGUUGCACUUAACACUUCGUUGACAUCAUGGGCUCCGUCGAAACGCUCACCACAAUCUCCCCCACCACCAACGAGGGCAUCCUCCAGCGCACGGGCGUGUCCCUGAGUGAACUGGAACAGCUACCCAAGACCGCCACCGAGGCAUUCAAAUCUUGGAGCAAAACAAGCCUUGCUGAUAGGCAAAUCAUCAUCCGCAAGGCCCUCGAAGGCCUAUCCGCCAAGAAAGAUGAGCUAGCCAACGAGUUGACCGUGCAGAUGGGCCGCCCUAUCGCUUACACCGGAGGAGAAGUUGCCACUGCCAUCAAGCGCGCAGAGUACCUCUUGAAGAUCAGCGAUGAUGUGCUCAAGGACACUGACGGCGAGGCCGAAAAGGGCUUCAAGCGUCUCAUUCGCAAGGUACCAGUCGGUCCCGUCUUGGUCAUCUUUGCUUGGAACUACCCGUACCUCAUCUUGGUCAACUCGCUCAUCCCGGCCCUCCUAGCCGGCAACACAGUGAUCCUCAAGCCGUCGCCGCAGACCCCCACCAUCGUCGAGCAAGUAGCCAGCGUCUUUGCCGACGCUGGCCUGCCCCAAGGCGUCAUCCAGUACUUUCACUGCGGCUCACCAACUCUCAUGGAGACCAUCGUCCGCGACCCGCUCAUCAAGCACGUAUGCUUCACUGGCUCGGUGGCAGGUGGAUUGGCAGUUCAGAAGGCUGCUUCAGAUCGUAUCGUCAACGUCGGGCUCGAGCUUGGCGGAAAGGAUCCGGCGUACGUGCGCAGCGAUGUUGACGUCGACUGGGUGGCCGGGGAAAUUGUUGACGGCGCCGUUUUCAACUCGGGCCAGAGCUGCUGCUCCAUCGAGCGUGUCUACGUGCAUGACGACAUUCAUGACAAGUUCGUCGCGGCCGUCCAGAAAGUGCUCGAGGGUUAUGUUCUAGGUGAUCCGCUAGACAAGGGCACCCACGUGGGGCCGGUCGUGUCAAAGCGCAGCAAGGAGGCCAUCGAGGCACACGUCAAAGAAGCAAUCGAGAAGGGGGCUAAAGAUGUGACUCCCAAAAACGAAUCGUUUGAUACUGUACCUUCAAGCUCCAAGGGCAACUUUGUUAAGCCCACCCUACUGGUGAACGUUGAUCACAGCAUGCAGGUCAUGAAGGACGAGACCUUUGGGCCCGUCAUCCCGGUGAUGCGGGUCAAGAGCGACGAGGAGGCCGUUCAGUUGAUGAACGACAGCGAGUUUGGGUUGACGGCCAGCAUAUGGACCAAGGACACAGACACAGCCGCCAAACUGAUCGACGAUGUCGAAGCUGGCACGGUCUUUGUGAACCGAUGCGACUACCCCAGCCCGGAUCUUGCGUGGACUGGUUGGAAGAACUCUGGCAAGGGACAAACACUGAGCAGGUUUGGCUUCGAUCAGUUUGUCAAACUAAAGAGCUAUCACAUGAAGGAUUAUCCGAAAUAAUCGCCACGAACCGAACCGAACCGAACGCUGGCACGAUUCAGCUUCGAAACGGGGGUUUUUUUUCUGGUUCUAGAAGGAGAUGGUUGAAAGCAAGGGAGGAGUGCAUAUCUUUUUACCCCAAUUUUUUCUGUCGUGGCCGGAUGCAGCAGCUGUUUCAGCACCGCCUGAGGGCUGUUGAGUACGUACCACUCGUCUCCGCACCACACCUAGGUACCACACUUAGAUACACUCUCACUGGAUCAACCUUGGCGACUACCAAAAUAAUCACAG